AUAGGACCAGCAAGCGUGGAUUUGGAAGCCUGAACCUCUUCGGCGUCAACCCACUCCUAACCCAAGAGGUUUUAGUGUGGGGUUAGUAGGAACCUUGAGGCGAGCUUAGUAGCGUAUUAGGAAAUUGGGUGUAUUGAAGAGACAUAAUUGGCGAUGUCAAAGUAUGGAUUGCUAAGGCUUCCGCCCGCAGACAUUGCGUUGCUACUUGCACAGUUUCAAAUUGCUGCUGUAACAGAGGGGGACCUCCUCCACCCCUCACCAGAUCUGGUUUCAGAUCUUUACACACGUUUAUUGAUCUACCUUGACUUUCUCCAUGAGGAAGACCAGGGACAAGUUGAGUUUGCUGCCUUAGAUCAGCUUGAGAACCCUGAUCUGCAUAUGGAUUCAGUCCGGAUAAUGAAGCUGAACCUCAAAUUAAAGCAUGUCAUUGCCUCUCUUGACUGCUCAAAAAAGUUUACGUUGAAAGAUCUAAUAAAACCUGAUACAGAUAGGACUGAAAUUUUCCUUAGUACAAUGCUGAACUUUUGCAUUCACAAAGAUGCCAAAAUAGUUCUCCAUGCACCAAUUAUUAAUGAAGUGAAUACUCUUGGUGACCAGCAAAGAGAAUGGGAGGUUAAGAUUUCUCAGUUGAAUGCAGAGAUUGCAGAGUACAAUGAAGCAAGAGAAAGGGAAAUACCCUUUGUUCAAGAUAUUGAUGCUAAAGUGAAAGAACUACAUCAGAUAAUUGGAGGCCUUAACAAUCAGCAGAUGUCAUUGCGCGCUUCUAUUAGGAAGUUGAAAGAGAAAGUUGGAGAAAUGGAUGAGAAGAUUUCUAACGCAGAAUUUCUCUUGGUACAAAGUGUCCAAGAAAAUGCAAAUUUGCGUUCAAAAAUUGUUCAAUCGCCAGAUAAGUUGCAGAGGGCAUUGGAGGAGAAGAAAUCAGCUAGGGAGGAGACAAAGAAUGCAGAAAGAUUGGCGAUGCAAGCUUUUCAGGAAAAGACUGGCAUUGUUGAGGUUUAUUCAAAGGUUUCCAGGAAAAUGACGAAGCAUCUUGCUCAAAUGCACACUAUACAGGAACAGGUGAACUCAGCUAAAUCUGUUGAAAAAGAGUUUAAGGCCUUGAAAGCUAAGCUAAGUGAUGAGGAACUUCUAGAUAAGUCGCUUCAGGUCAAAAUGGUUGAACUUCAAGCAAAAGUGCAACAGUUGGAAGAUUUAAGAAGGCAGACAGAGAAGGGGAGAGAUGUGAAAUGUGAGGAAGCUACUAAGGAUUUGAACAACGUGCGGUUGGAGGUUGAAUCCAUGAGGCUUGAUCUUGAACAAAGGCAAAGCAACGUCGAAGCAGUGCUCAUGGAGGUUGAUGCCGUGACUUCAAAAACCAAUUCCAUAAGAGAAUCCAGCGUUCAUAAACAGCAAGAAUUACUACAUAAAUGCGAGGAUAUUAUAAAAGAGUUUCACCAGUACACAAACUCAGUUGGGGCUUUGAUGGAAGUGGAGCCAUAAGGAAGAGGAAGAGGAAGAGGAAGAGGAAGAGCUGGCACCUUCCAUUGAUAAGGUGAAUUUCUGGAAAUCUGUAGUCUGUUGCACUUUUGAUUUAUAAUUUGAGUUUCUUGCAUUAAUCCAUAUAUGUAAUCCUGAUCCUUUCUUUGAGCUUCUGACUGUUCAGUAUGUGCCAUUGCUGCUAAUCAAACAGCUCAUGUAAAUAUUGUGUUUGUUUGUAAGAUUGAUGUGGAGUUUGCUUCAGAUCAGUUCAAACAUCUUCUGAAGGAUUAUAUUUUCUUUCCCAAUGUAAAAUGUGGUUGGUUUGUCGUCUCUAA